ACGAGGCGGCCGCGGCCUUUGCCGUACAGCUUAGCACCCGCAGGAGGCCGGCGGCGUUGAUAUGAUAUAACACGAUUCAGGUGUGAAAGCAGGAUGGCUGGGAACAGCCUCGUGUUGCCCAUUGUCCUGUGGGGCCAGAGGGCUCCCACCCACUGCAUAUCAACCCUGCUGCUCAUGGAUGACGCGUCGAUGAUCGUCACUGGCUGCCACGAUGGCCAGAUAUGUCUCUGGGACAUUGCUCCAGAUUUAGAGAUUAAUCCCAGAGCUCUGCUGUUUGGUCACACAGCCUCAAUCACUUGUUUAUCAAAGGCCUCUGCUUCCAGUGAGAAGCAGUACAUAGUGAGUGCGUCAGAGAGUGGGGAGAUGUGUCUGUGGGAUGUGAAUGAUGGCAGAUGCAUAGAGUUUACUAAGCUAGCCUGCACACACACUGGCAUACAGUUCUACCAGUUUAUGGUUGGGACUCAGCGUGAAGGGAGGCUGUUAUGCCAUGGACAUUAUCCAGAAAUUCUUGUUGUGGAUGCUACCAGCCUUGAAGUUCUUUAUUCUCUGUUAUCAAAGAUAUCUCCUGAUUGGAUCAGCUCCAUGACUAUCAUUAAAUCCAACAGAACACAAGAGGACACUGUUGUAGCAGUUUCAGUGACUGGCAUCCUCAAAGUAUGGAUAAUAACAUCUGAAGUUAAUCGCAUGCAGGAUACAACACCCAUAUUUGAAGAGGAGUCAAAACCUAUUUAUUGUCAAAACUGUCAAAGCAUUUCUUUCUGUGCAUUUACCCAGCGGUCGUUGUUGGUGGUGUGCUCUAAAUACUGGAGGGUUUUUGAUGCUGGAGAUUAUUCCCUUUUAUGCUCGGUCCCUAGUGAGAACGAACAGACCUGGACUGGUGGUGACUUUGUGUCAGCUGAUAAAGUGAUCGUGUGGACAGAAGAUGGUCAAAGCUUCAUAUAUAAAUUACCGGCCAGCUGUCUUCCAGCCAGUGACUUGUUUCGUAGAGAUGUGGGGAAAGCAGUAGAAAAUUUAAUUCCUCCUUUGUUGUACAGUGUAUUGGACAGAGCAGAUAAACAGUUACUAAUAUGUCCCCCAGUCACCCGAUUUUUCUAUGGACCAAGGGAGUUUUUCUCUAAUCUGCUGAUCCAAGGAGACUCUUCAGGGAGGCUGUGCAUUUGGAGUGUUCCUGAUACGCUGGAACAAGACUGUGCAAAAGGACUGCAAGCAACAACUUCGAUAUCCCUCCAGGAAGCUUUUGAUAAACUUACUCCUCGCCCAGCUGGAAUUAUAGACCAACUGAGCUUAAUACCAAACAUCAAGGAACCACUGAAGGUUACAGCCAGUGUGUACAUUCCAGCCCACGGGCGGCUGGUUUGUGGUCGGGAAGAUGGAAGCAUUGUCAUUGUGCCAGCAACCCAAACUGCUAUAGUUCAGCUUUUGCAAGGAGAGCAUAUGCUUAGGAGAGGUUGGCCACCUCACCGGACUCUCAGAGGUCAUCGAAACAAAAUUACUUGCUUACUGUAUCCUCAUCAGGUUUCUUCUCGUUAUGAUCAAAGGUAUUUGAUCUCAGGUGGUGUGGAUUUCUCAGUCAUCAUAUGGGAUAUAUUUUCUGGAGAGAUGAAACAUAUCUUCUGUGUACAUGGUGGAGAAAUUACACAGCUUCUAGUUCCACCAGAAAACUGUAGUGCAAGAGUCCAGCACUGUAUUUGCUCUGUGGCCAGUGAUCACUCUGUAGGUCUUCUCAGUCUGCGUGAGAAAAAGUGCAUCAUGCUGGCAUCCCGCCACCUCUUUCCUAUUCAAGUGAUCAAGUGGAGGCCUUCUGAUGACUACCUGGUGGUGGGAUGCUCUGAUGGGUCCGUGUACGUCUGGCAAAUGGAUACUGGUGCUCUGGACAGAUGUGUGAUGGGAAUAACAGCAGUUGAAAUCCUGAAUGCCUGUGAUGAGGCGCUGCCUGCAGCUGUGGACUCCCUGAGCCACCCUGCUGUCAACCUGAAGCAGGCCAUGACACGGCGCAGCCUGGCUGCCCUGAAGAACGUGGCACACCAGAAGCUGCAGACCUUGGCCACCAACCUGCUGGCUUCUGAGGCAUCUGACAAAGGGAAUUUACCUAAAUAUUCACAUAACUCUCUGAUGGUUCAAGCUAUAAAGACUAAUUUGACAGAUCCAGAUAUACAUGUGCUCUUCUUUGAUGUGGAAGCACUGAUAAUUCAGCUGCUGACCGAAGAGGCUGCAAGACCCAACAGUGCCCUCAUCUCUCCUGAGAAUUUACAGAAGGCCUCUGGUGGGUCUGACAAGGGAGGCUCCUUCCUGACUGGUAAGCGAGCAGCUGUCCUGUUCCAGCAGGUCAAGGAAACCAUCAAAGAAAACAUAAAGGAGCAUCUUCUCGAUGAUGAAGAUGAGGAUGAAGAAUCAAUGAGGCAGAGAAGAGAAGACACUGACCCAGAAUAUCGUGCUAGCAAAUCCAAACCAUUAACUCUACUAGAAUACAACCUAACCAUGGAUACAGCAAAACUUUUCAUGUCUUGUCUUCAUGCCUGGGGCUUGAAUUCUGUUCUAGAUGAGCUUUGCCUUGAUCGUCUUGGCAUGCUUAAGCCACACUGCUCAGUGUCCUUUGGCCUUCUGUCUAGAGGAGGCCACAUGUCUCUGAUGCUUCCCGGCUACAAUCAGCCUGUAGGCAAACCAUCCUAUGAUGGCAUGGAGUUGGGCAAGAAGGUGUCUGUUACAGAAGGAUUGGGAAAGGGGACAUACGGCGUGUCACGUGCUGUCACCACUCAGCAUCUCCUGUCUGUCAUAUCGCUGGCAAACACACUGAUGAGCAUGACCAAUGCAACCUUUAUUGGAGACCACAUGAAGAAAGGCCCAACCAGGCCACCCCGGCCAGGCACUCCUGAAAUGUCAAAAGUGAAGGCCCCUCCGUCGAUGGCAAGUCAUGCAGCCCAAGGACAAAUUAAGCAAGGGUGGAGCCAGCUUGCUGCCAUGCACUGUGUGAUGCUCCCUGACCUGCUGGGUCUGGACAAGUUCAGGCCUCCUCUUCUGGAGAUGCUGGCUCGCAGGUGGCAGGACCGCUGCCUGGAGGUACGAGAAGCUGCCCAGGCCCUGCUUCUAGCAGAACUGAGGAGGAUUGAACAGGCAGGCCGGAAGGAGACCAUUGACGCUUGGGCUCCAUAUUUGCCACAGUACAUUGACAGUGUCAUAUCACCUGGAGUUACCACGGAAGCCAUUCAAACUGCUACUGCAAGCCCAGAUUCAUUGGGAACAGAGGCAAAAGUUCAGGAGGAAGAGCAUGAUCUAGUGGAUGACGACAUUACAGCUGGCUGCCUGUCCAGUCUCCCGCAGCUGAAGAAGAUCUCCACGUCCUAUGAGGAGCGCAGGAAGCAGGCUACAGCCAUCGUUCUGCUGGGUGUGAUUGGGGCAGAAUUUGGGGCUGAGAUUGAGCCCCCUAAGCUGCUGACACGGCCACGCAGCUCCAGCCAGAUCCCUGAGGGCUUUGGGCUGACGAGCGGUGGGUCCAAUUAUUCCCUGGCAAGGCAUACCUGCAAGGCACUGACAUUUCUGCUGCUGCAGCCUCCCAGCCCCAAGCUGCCUGCGCACAGCACCAUCCGCAGAACUGCCAUUGACCUCAUCGGCCGUGGCUUCACUGUCUGGGAGCCCUACAUGGAUGUCUCUGCAGUGCUGAUGGGCCUGUUGGAGCUCUGCGCUGAUGCCGAGAAGCAGCUUGCCAACAUCACAAUGGGGCUGCCCCUGAGCCCGGCGGCUGACUCUGCACGCUCGGCACGCCACGCGCUCUCGCUCAUCGCCACAGCCCGGCCGCCCGCCUUCAUUACCACCAUCGCCAAGGAGGUGCACAGACACACCGCCCUUGCAGCAAACACACAGUCUCAGCAGAAUAUUCACACCACAACUCUUGCUCGGGCUAAAGGAGAGAUCUUGAGAGUCAUUGAAAUCCUUAUUGAGAAGAUGCCUACCGACGUUGUGGACCUUCUUGUGGAGGUUAUGGACAUCAUCAUGUAUUGCCUCGAAGGAUCUUUAGUUAAGAAAAAAGGUCUUCAAGAAUGCUUUCCAGCCAUCUGCAGGUUCUACAUGGUCAGCUAUUACGAGCGAAGUCACAGAAUAGCAGUUGGAGCUCGCCAUGGUUCAGUGGCCCUCUACGAUAUCCGGACUGGGAAAUGUCAGACAAUCCACGGGCACAAGGGGCCGAUCACAGCAGUGGCCUUUGCUCCUGACGGCCGGUACCUUGCCACCUACUCCAACUCAGACAGCCACCUCUCCUUCUGGCAGAUGAACACGUCACUGCUGGGCAGCAUCGGCAUGCUCAACUCAGCGCCCCAGCUGCGCUGCAUCAAGACCUACCAGGUGCCACCCGUCCAGCCCGCGUCCCCUGGCUCGCACAACGCCCUGCGCCUGGCCCGCCUCAUCUGGACCUCCAACCGCAACGUCAUCCUCAUGGCCCACGAUGGCAAGGAGCACCGCUUUGUGGUCUAGGGGAAGCUGCCUAAGCUGAAAUGCGUUUCUGUUACAACUCCAUGUAACUCUCCCUUCUUUGUUGCUGUCCUCUGGUCAUGGGGCAGGACCAGCCAGGUCAUGGCUCUGCUUGCUUUACCAGGUUACAGCUCUGCCCGGUUUUCCAGGCCGUAGUUCUGCCUGAUUUGCCAGGUUAUGACUCUGCCUGGUUUGCCAGGUCAUGGUUGUGCCCGGUUUGCCAGGCUGUGGCUCUGCCUGCCUUGUCAGGCCAUGGUUGUGCCCGGUUUGCCAGACCAUGGCUCUGUCUGGCGUGCCAGGUCACAGCUCUGCCCGCUUUGCCAGGCCAUGGCACCAGGUGUGUUCUCUUUGCAGCAGGGUGGGGGAAGCUGUGGUUCUGGGAGGCCCAGUCCCACCCUGACUGUGCCGUGGCCUGGCCGGUGGCUGCUGGCCUCGUGCUGGUGGCCUGGUUCCACGUGCUCACAGAGCCUCUGUGGUUUACCAAAGGCCCCGUUUACAUGUAUUCCUUCUAGUGACCACUGAAUGAUCAGUAGGUGGUGUGUCUUAGAGGGUUCUUAAUAAGGGCCUAAUUAAUUGGGGAUAAUUAGUAGCUGAGUGUGCAGGAGUUGAACGGCCUCUGUUCUGAAUGGAAGGGGCGCGUUUCCUCAGACAGUUUUUGAGGAAUUGAAGUGCUGCUGUGCUCAGCCAUUGCUUGCUGUCUUCUGGAAUAAAGGAUAACAAUUCACAUGUAAAUAAAGAAAAUAUCUCUAAGAUUGACUAGCAAACUUGAACAGAGGAGUAUUUAUAUAUAAAGGUGUUUUUUUGCUACCAAUGAAGGUAUUUAUUUUGAAGAAAAUAAAAAGCUUUUUCUUCCCAAAGCUGCUCCCAUUUGUGCUGGAUCCCAUGUGGAAGCAGGGCUGUGGUCUGGCAUCUGCAGGGCCACUCUCCUUCACUGCAGGAGCGUGGGGUCACAGCAAACCCUGGGAGGCAGCACAAAUGGUGUCAGUGAUUAACAAUUCUUGCAAGAAAAACUAUGAAAAAUAAUAAGUUAUUUGAGCAGAUAUACUGAAACCAUUUCUUCAGUAGGAAUAUUCCUGUGUAAUGUUAGAUGUGACUGUGCUUCCUUCUUACAUAUCUAAUUCUGUGAAAUAUUUAACCAUGUGAAAGUAUGCUGGUUUAUGCUCACAAUAAAGCAAAAACAAAUCUAUGAAA